AUGGAUAUCCGCACAUCACAGACGACGCUGGACUACCCACUAUACGUUUGCGACUUUGACCCGACCGAUGCUGGCCGGCUCAUUGUCGGCGGCGGCGGUGGCGCCAGUCGGACAGGCGUGGGCAACAAGAUUACACUCAUCAACACCUCCAAGCCCGAGGAGCCCCGGCUCAGCGUCACCUCCGAGAUCGAGCUUUCCAAGGACGAAGACAGCGUCACCAGCUUUGCCGCUGGCCCCCGUCGUGGCCGCACCACCAUUGCCUAUGCCGGCGUCAACUCCGGCAUCAGCUCCUUGAACAAGGGCCGCAACGAUCACUUCCGCGUCUUUGGCGUCGAUGGGCCGGCGUCUGCCUCCGCAAAAUCUACGCCAUCUGCCUCGUCGUCCAAGAUCUCCGAGCUCGCACGCGCGCCCUUUUUUACCUCGAGCGAGCCCGAUGCCGACACCUACCAGCGCCUCGUGCGCGUGUCCGCGCCCUUCUCCGACGGCCAGGGUAGCACUCUGCCGCAGCUCGGCGCGUGCGCCACCGGACUGUCCCAGUCCCCGCAGAUCGUUCUGUUCGACGUCACGACCGCCGCGCCCGCCGCAACCGCGCCGUCGGCCAAGUCGACCGCCGCCGCGACCGUCCUCCCCAAGGUGCGCGGCCGGAUCGACUUGUCCAAGGACGUGGCCGACCUCGACAUCAUCCAGACAGACGCCGAGCAGUACCAGCUGGCGUACUGUACAGACCAUGAGCUGUUCCUGUUCAACGUGGCCACCAAGGGCAGCAUGGCUGCUGCUGCUGCUGCACUCGGUGGCAAGCGCCGCAACAGCAGCGGGAGUAGCACCGCAUCGCCUGGCGCCUCGACUGCUUUGACCGCAGCCUCGGCAACGACUGGCGCAGACGCAAGCGAAGAGCCUUACCUGGCGUACGAGAUCACCACAGAUGCUGCGACUGGUCGCACAACACGCCCAAGCUUCCGCUCCAUCCGCUACGUCACCCCACGCUUCAUCCUGGCCGUGUGCAACCUGCCGAAGCGUACCGGCGCAUUUCUGCUGGGACUGCGCCUGCCAGAUAUCUCACCCGCGGUCGACGGCUCUGGCGAGCAGGCCCGCAUCACCAUCAACGUCAAGCUGCCCAAGAGCAUCACACAAGCCACAGGCCUGGCCGUGCGCAACCUGACGCCGCCCGUUGCGCCAGGGAUCCGCCAGUCGAACGGCACCCAAUUUGUUGUCGCUGUGGCCGGCGGCGACAACUCGCUCUCACUCUACACCCUCGAAUACCAGAGCGCCGGCACCCGCACCGAGCUGCUAGCCAACCUGCACCCUUUCCGCACGCUCAAGGACGUGCACGAGCUGCCCAUGACGAGCAUCGCGCUCUCUCAUUUCCAUACGCCCACGGCACCCUCGACAGCUUCGACCACCGCCGCCAUCCACUACCUGCGCCUUGCCAGCGUAUCCGUCAAGAACACCGUCGUUGUCCAUGCGAUCCCUCUGCGGAAGCUGCCGUCCUCCUCUGCCACGGCGCCAAGCACCGCCGCCGCCGCUGCUGCAGCAGCCGCCCUCAACCCGCCACGCUACGUCGUUGCCCUCAAGUCGUACGCGCCCUCAGGCAGGGGCCUGAUCAUGUACACCUUCGCCGUGCUGGCCUUGGCCGUUCUCGUUGCCCACGCCAUUCUCGAGGUCAUGGGCUUCUCCCAGCCGUUACUCGGCGCUCGCGAAAUCGUGCCCAUCAACUGGCUCCACCCGGUGGCCCCGAAAUUCGCAGCCAACGACCGCCUAACGCGCCACAAUGCAGCCCUGAAGGCCGCCGAGGGUGAGUGGAUUGUCGACGACGCGCCCGUGGCGGCCGUCGGCGAUGAGAAGCACGACGACUUUGGCGCCAUGCCCGAGGUGCACCCUGUGGCUGCGUUCUUGUCGGCCGUCGACAGUGACCAGGCCCAGGCCCAGCCCCAGACCCAGGACGCAGCUGCUGGCCAACAAGUCCUGUUUAUGCGCGGCGAGGACUCUGACCACACGAUCGAGGUCGUCACCCACGACGAAGCCGAGCACGGCCCCGCUGUCCCCUGGGACGACCUGAAUGCUGCCCAGCAGGCCACGUGGCGUCAGCGCCUGGCCGACGCGGGCCACUGGACCGAGGCCAUGGGCGAGACUGUGCUGCGCGGCGUGCUCUUUGGCGAACUGGCUGGUGCUGUCGGGGCCAUGGUGCGUUAA